UAAUAAUCGGGGCUCCCUUCCCCUCGGUGGGGCUUUAGGUUCGCGUUAGGUAGGCUUUAGUUCUGUUUCUUCGACAACUUCCUCUCGUGGUCGCUUUCAAUUUCUUCUUUCUUUACUCCGUCACGGCGAGUCAGCGCGAAGACGUCAUCAAUCUGCCCAAAUGCCACUCCCACAGCCAGACCUCCCCGAGCCCGCGCAUCCAGACGUAGACUCGAUGCUGAGCCGGAAAUUUGGAAAGGAGGUAGCAAACUACUUCUCCGGCUCCCCACUAAACCGCGUAUCCUUCCUCCGCCCCGAUCACUCCUUCCUCUCCGCCGCCCUCAAACAUCCUUCCAGCACCUUCCUCCUCUUCAACAAACUCGAACCCCUCAUAAAGUCCCCUACCGCCCUCGCGACCGCCACCUAUGCCGAAGUGCGCCCCAUCAUUGGCGAUGACCCGUUCGAAAAGACCGAAGAGGACCUGAUCAAAGAGUACAAUUCCUCUCAGUACGUUCCGCAGAUUGUGUUCUUGGGCCUGGAUGAGAAGCACGAGGGGUUCGUGUACAAAGAUUGGUAUAAGGGCCAGCCCUGGUUCGCUGUCGAUGUCACGCCGACGAAGAGCGUAACGGAGGCGGCGGAGAAGUUGAUUGCGGAGUUGACGGGGAGGGGGCUCGAGUUUUCGAAGGGGAGGAUGCAUUUAAGUCUGCCGGCGCAGGAAGCCGCCGUCUACGCCGAAGCGCGACAUCUGCUGGAUUGGAAUGCGCGGAAUCCCUACUGCGCGGCUUGUGGCUACCCGACAAUGUCCGUGAACGCUGGCUUCAAGCGGACAUGUCCACCGAAAGACAUAGCUCUCUCGGUACAGAACCCGGAACGCCCACCGUGUGCGACCAGAACCGGUAUCUCGAACCUAUCAUUCCCAAGGACGGAUCCUACGGUGAUCAUGGCUGUCGUUUCCGCGGACGGUCAGAAGAUCUUGCUUGGCCGGCAAAAGCGCUGGCCAAAGUACUGGUACAGCACUCUAGCAGGUUUUCUAGAGCCCGCGGAGUCUGUAGAGGAAGCAGUUCGCCGUGAGGUCUGGGAAGAAAGUGGUAUCCAUCUGGGACGCGUUGUGAUUCAUUCUACACAGCCAUGGCCAUAUCCCGCCAACCUAAUGAUUGGUGCCGUUGGUCAGGCGGUUCCGGGAGGAGAGGAGGUACAUCUCGGUCACGAUGCUGAACUUGAGGAUGCGAAGUGGUUCACCGCUGACGAAGUAAGAGAAGCACUGCGCGUAGGAACUAGCGGGCUAGGUGAAAACGCUGGGCCGGAGUACAAAGAAGGUGGUCUGAGAUUACCGCCCAAGACGGCUAUUGCAAACCAGCUGAUGACGGCUGUUGUCAACGGCUUCGCCACUGGUGCCCCUAUGAUAUAGACGACAUAGACUCAUAGACCGCUGUAGAUGCAAUGUACAUGUGAAACU